AUUUGGCAGAACAAAAUUUUGCCUCUUUGCACUGCCCGCCGAAGGCGUCACGGGUGUUGGCCAGUAAUACAGAGUACUAUGCGCAACAUUGCUUUCAACACAGUAGGCAACCGGGCCAAAUGUCCAACCCAGUUCUUUCAGGAAAGAAAGGUAAGCCGGCACCCACAGCAAACCCGACAUUACCUGAAAAUGGAGAAAUUAUUAUAGGUCUAUGAUGUUGAAAGACUUCAAAUCCCUAUUCUCUAGGCAGGCUGGUCAGGUGGUUUGCUACCUACCACAGUAAACAUUAGUGAGCACUCUGUAGCGUAACAGCCGAGGAUGAUUCUUAUAAUUCCGGGAUCCACCCUGAGUCAUUAGCAGAGAUGAGAAUAUAAAAACCCUCUCAUACUUACUUCCAUGUUCCGAGUCAUAGCCCAUGAAUUGAUCCCCUUCACACCCGGCAAAACCUCCACCACCUUCAUAAAUCCUCAGGCACCAUGUCAUUCUACAUUCUCUAUCCCGGUCACUGGCUUGAGCUAGGCCACAGCCUGAAAAGCAAGGACGGUACAGUCGAGUUUAGCGUGCAGUCCGAUGGCAGACUUGUUCUCUCCCACUCAGGCCAAUGUGUAUUUCAGACUGAACAGCGCAGCGACAUCAAGGGUCUUAAGAUGAAAAGGGAUGGAAACCUUUGUCUAUGUACCAAGCAUGGUAAAGUCAUCUGGCAGACCGACACCGCGUAUCCCAUAGGGGACCACAGCGUCUGCUGCUUCGUGCAGGAUGAUGGCAACGUCGUUCUCUACAGGGGUGAAAACACUAUUUGGUCCUCCCGCACCCCAAUAGAUCCUGAUCAUAUUUGCUCUAGCAGUUGCAGACCCUAGCGGUUUGGGGAAUAAUGACCCUCAGGAGGUGGUCUUCGUGUAAGGUCCCGUAUGUAGAUGAUAAUGCGGAGCAUACGAACUCCUGUGGUCUAGAUAUGUAUGAGUCAGCGUUCGACAUUUGCUUUAUGCCUUUAUAUGUGCUCAAUACACGAUUUAUUAGAUAACUGGCCGGUAAACGUAAAUAUAAAGGACCCUCGGAAAUAGCACGACACAGAAA